GCACUCUGUAGCAUCACCACAGGCGCGCUGCGCGCAUAGUCUGUUACCCCCCAUGCAACUGUAUCACUGCCGCAUUAACAUGGGGAACAUAUCCACUGAAUAGGAGAUUGGCAUAAACAAUAUUGCAUAAGGACUCCUUACCGUUUUUUCGUAUUAAAAACCGUUUUUAUUCUUCAAACAUGCCAAACGAAUCGUCGCAACUGAUAGACUGCGAUGUGGGACACAAUGCCAACAUCAGCCUUGCGGCAUGCGUCUAUUCUCUCGUGUGCUUGUUUGAGACAAUUUUAAACUUUUUGGUUGUCUACCUGGUCGUGACAUUUAAGAAACUUCGGACGGCUAGCAAUGCGUUCAUUGUGAACGGCUGUAUAGCCGACCUGUUGGUGUGCGUGUUUUGGAUGCCGCACGAGGCAGUGGAGAUAUCCGCUGGCAGUUCUUUUCCGGCUGUGUACCAAGCCUUCAAAUAUGCGCUCCUAUUCCUCGGCAUCACUGUCUCUCUUCUCUCCCAUUCCCUCACAGCCGUCAACCGAUACGUCGCUGGUGAUUUGGUAAUCAACACGUAUCUGUCCAUCUACCAAAAAAGAUACACAGAAUGGAUGCUAAUUCCGUCGUGGCUUUCGGCGCUGGGAUUUCUUCUACCCUGGAUCACGUCUUCGCGGUACUCACAGGAAGGAUGCUCAUGUCUCCCUGCUUCCGCAGCAUCAUUGCUCAAAGGAGGGACGCCCAUUCUCUCUGACCCAUUUGAAGCGGGUACCCUGGUGUUGACUAUUGCUGGUCAGACAAUGGUUGUUUUGUAUUGCUAUUUGAAAAUAUUUCGAAGGGUGCAGAUCAGUGUGAAGAGGCUCAGCAUAUUACAUUUUCCUAUCGUGAAUAACCUUCCCUAUUCGCUCCCUCUACACUACACACUACACUACACACUACACUACAGACCUUUCUGGGUGUUAUUACCAGCACUUUUUACCACGGUUUCAUUGGCACUUAAGAAAUGUUCAUGGAUGAUUUUCUGCACUAUCUUUGUUACAAACCCAUUUUUCUACACUUGGAAGAACGAGGAAUUUAAAAGAUCCGUGCUCAUGGGAGAAUUUUGGAGAGGGUUUGCAGUUGGGGUUGAGCCCAUUACGAUAAAUACAAUAUCUGACCUUCUCCCAAGACAAAAUAGUCGAAGGGAAUUUUUGGCCGAGAUGAAUUGAACAUAAUCUGAACUGCUAUGACAUUGGUUAUUGUAAGCAUACAGCUGCUACAAUGUUUUAGAAAGCCUACCUGACAACAAUCGAAAAUUACACUAUAAUGUUGCUCUCAAUUGGAAAAUGUUAGUGAUGCUGUUACAGCGUUAUUCUGUAGGUCCAUUAUGGAAUACACUGUCAACUGGAAGCACACUCAACAAAUUAGUCAAUUAUUUGUAAAAACAUUGUGUAUAACACUAGUUUGUCUAAUUUCAUGUAUUUUUCAAUAUACUGUUUUAUGGACCAUGGUUGUAAUAGUGUUAUAUGCUAAUUGUAAAUCAGUUUGUGUUCAUUUUAAUAAAGCAAAGAUUUUAAGUGCAAAA